AUGUACGAGAAAGAGCUUGCCUCUGGCGUUGCCAUCGAGCCUGUCGAUCGUGCUGUUGAGGAUUCAAACCCUUAUGCUAGUACUUCCCUAGCCUACCAAGAUCAAACAGUCGUUGAGAAUCAAGGUCGACUCAGGCGCCUGUUCAGUUUUGCACAACUGCUAGCCUUUGCGCUGACUUUCAUGUCGAGCUGGGAAGUUGUGGCCAUGAAUAUGGGAGCCACUUUCUACAACGGGGGACCACGCGCACUGGUAUGGGGAUGCUUGCUGGUUGUUAUCGGCUCACUAGCUCAAGCUCUGUCGAUGGCCGAACUUGGAUCUAUCCUUCCAAUCGCAGGAGCUCAAUACCACUGGACAGAUAUGCUGGCUCCAGAGUCAUUCCGUCGGGUCAUCACCUGGUACCAAGGCUGGGUUACCUGGUUCGCAUGGGUGUCAGCACUUGGUGGUAGUAGCUCCAGUCUCGCCUUCAUUCUUCUUGGUCUCAUCGCCGAUAACGUGCCCAGCUACGCUGAAACGCAACAGAGUUGGCACUUGACCGUUGUCAUGAUUGCAAUUCUUCUAACUGUUGGUCUCAUCAAUUCAUAUGCCUUCGUUGUUGUACCAUGGCUAGAGCUCGCAUCAGGCAUUUUCCACGUCAUCCUUUUCGUCAUCUUUAUCGGGGUCUUUGCUGGUCUGGGCUCUGGUAACAGCGCCCAAUUUGUGUUCACAGAAGGCAAUAGCUACUCCGGAUGGGGCAAGUUUGCUGCGUUCAACAUCGGUAUGUUGGUUCCAGCUUGGGGUUUCAUCGGUUUCGAUGGCGUAAACCAUAUGUCAGAAGAGGUACGCAAGGCUCAUCAUGCUGUGCCUCGCGCCAUGGUAUACACCAUAGUAAUCAAUGGAUCAAUGGCUCUGAUAAUGGCACUCGUUAUCAUGUUUCGGAUGGGUGACAUUGCUCCCUAUCUCGAAUCUGGUUAUCCUAUCAUCCCAAUGUUCUUUGCACUUGCAGGUCAGAGAGCUGCAAAUGCAUUGAUUGCUGGGUUGAUCAUCAUAACCUAUUGUGUCGUUGCGGCUUCUCUGGCAUCAGUUGGACGUGUUACUUGGGCAUGGGCCCGCGACGGCGCCCUUCCUAAAUAUUUCACAAGAGUCGACCCGACUCACAGAGUCCCAAUUCGCGCUUUGUGGCUGCCGGUCAUCAUUGUCUGUCUCCUGUCACUUUUGAACAUAGGCUCAACUGCCGCUACUGCUUUUACAGCAUUUACGUCAUUGUCGUCUCUGGGUCUAUACUCAUCUUACAUCAUUGCCAUAUCAGUCCUGCUUUAUGCUCGUCGUACAGGUCUGCUCGGAGAGGCACCAUCUGCUCGAGUACAGUACGGCGAGUGGCGUUUGCCUCGAAACCUAGCUGUGCCUAUCAAUAUCUACGCAUUGAUCUGGACGAUAUACAUCACGAUCUAUCUACCAUUUCCGACCACGUAUGCAGUAACAGGCAGCAACAUGAACUACGCACUACCAAUAUAUGUCUUUGUGCUGAUUUGUGCUACGAUAGGUUGGUUCGCGUGGGGUAAGCGCCAGUGGCCUGGCUUGAAUGCCAAUGUUAUUGCACUAGUCCGUAAGGAGAGCUGA